AUGUCGUCCAGUGAGAUCUAUCGCUACUACUACAAGACCUCCGAGGACUUGCAGGGCUUCAAGACGGCCGCCACCGCCGAGACGUACUUCAAUCCCAUGGCCGCCUACAAUCCCGGCGUGACCCACUACCAGUUCAAUGGCAAUACUUUGGCCAGCAGCAGCAACUAUCUGUCGGCCAAUGGGUUCAUCAGCUUCGAGCAGGCCAGUUCCGAUGGCUGGAUCUCCUCCUCGCCGGCCAGCCACCGAUCCGAGAGUCCCGAGUAUGUGGAUCUGAAUGCCAUGUACAACAACAAUGGUGGGAGUAUGGUCCACAACCAGCAGUACGGAAUGGUAAUGGAGCAGGCGAUAGUUCCAGCUGUCCCAUCCAUUCCGGUGGCCUCUCCUCCGGCCGUCGAGAUCCCGGUGAUGGGCUCCUCCAAUGUGGGCACUUGCAAAACGGUGCCAGCUCCGGCCGCUCCAAAGCCCAAGCGCAGCUACACGAAGAAGAGUCAGCCCACAGCCACUUCCUCCUCACCGAUCUCAUCGCAGGAAUCUCAGGCUACCGUCAACAAUCUCUACACGGAUGAGUUCCAGAACUUUGACUUCGACAACUCCGCUCUGUUCGAUGACAGUGUGGAAGAUGACGACGACCUGAUGCUCUUCAGUGGCGGCGAGGACUUCGAGGGCAACGAUGGAUCCUUCGAUUUGGCCGAUGGUGAGAAUCAGGAUGCCGCCGCCGGAGGUUCGGGAAAGAAGAGGCGUGGCAAGCAGAUCACGCCCGUGGUGAAGCGAAAGCGCCGCCUGGCGGCCAAUGCCCGCGAACGUCGCCGGAUGCAGAACCUCAACCAGGCCUUCGAUCGACUCCGCCAGUAUCUUCCCUGCCUGGGAAACGACCGCCAGCUGUCCAAGCACGAGACCCUCCAAAUGGCCCAGACCUACAUCUCCGCUCUCGGGGAUUUGCUGCGCUAG